AUGUCGUUUCCCAAGGCUCAAGCCGAUUGGAGCAAUCUCAAAGUCCUUCACAAAAAUACACUUCCUCCACGAGCGCAUUUUUACUCCUAUGACUCCGACGAAAAGGCCCUGACCCUUGACCGUGAAAAGAGCGAAUAUGUAUCACUCAAUGGUACUUGGAAGUUCCGCCAUGACGCCUCGCCUUACGAGGCACCUGAAUGGUCCUCUGCCAAUCCUUUGACUUGGGACGAUGUUAAAGUCCCAGGAAUGUGGCAGCUACAAGGGUAUUCGCACCCUACGUACACGAAUGUCAACUACCCAUUCCAUGUCAACCCACCAGAAGUGCCGAUUCUUAACGAGACUGGGUCUUAUUGGAGGCAAUUCGUGACACCAGCAUCAUGGGAUGGACAGCAGAUUCGCAUCAGAUUCGAAGGAGUUGAUAGUGCGUUCCACCUCUGGGUCAAUGGAACAGAGGUGGGCUACUCUCAGGGAUCUCGAAACCCCAGCGAAUUUGACAUCACGUCCUUGCUUCGAUCUGCCGGCUCGGUGAACACCCUUGCAGUGCGAGUGUACGAGUUUUGUGAUGGUUCCUAUAUCGAGCGACAAGAUCAGUGGCUUCUUAGCGGUAUUUUCCGUGAUGUCGGUCUGCUGGCUUUCCCCCAAGACUCUAUUGUGGAUUUCGAUGCUGUUGCAACUCUCAGCGAGGACCUGUCUUCCGGUGAGCUCCUCACUAGUGUCAAGACACAGGGUGAAAAAGGUCCUGUGGAUAUCAAACUCUAUCGACCUGAUGGCACGCUCCUUGAAGAGACCAGCUUCCCGUCGACUGAAUCGAAAACUGUGAAAGUUACUGCUGAAGACUUGAAGCUGUGGUCGGCUGAGAAUCCAGUUCUGUACACCUUACUUGUCUCGUUCAACGGCCGAACUAUCCCUCAGCGCAUUGGAUUCCGACGCGUUGAGCGAAAGGGCGGCAACUUCCUGGUCAACGGAAGGCCCAUCAUAUUAUAUGGCAUGAACCGACAUGAACACCAUCAUCUGUACGGUCGCGCUGUGCCGUAUGAGAACAUGCGCGCAGAUCUUGUCCUGAUGAAAAAGUACAACAUCAAUGCUCUCCGUUGUAGUCACCAACCUAAUGACCCAAGGCUUUACGAAGUGUGCGAUGAGCUGGGCCUCUAUGUCAUCGCAGAGGCUGAUCUAGAAACGCAUGGCUUUGAUCCCGUGGAGCGGUCCAACAUUCCGAAUCAGCAUCUCAUGAGCGAGUACGAGAUCCAGGAGACGUCGUACAAGAUGGCCACAAAAUGGACUUCUGACAACCCAGAGUGGAAAGACGCCUACCUCGACCGAGCUGAACAGCUCGUCCAGCGGUUCAAGAACUUUUCUUGUAUUAUUUUCUGGUCACUUGGCAAUGAGGCGUUCUAUGGUCAAAAUCAUGCGAGCAUGUACAAGUGGAUCAAGGAGGCUGAUCCAACCCGCCUGGUUCACUAUGAAGGUGACAGAGAUGCCAUCUCCGCUGAUAUGUACUCCACGAUGUACUGGAGUCCGGAGGCUCUCAGACAACACGUUAUCGACAAGCCUGACAAGCCCAUGAUCCAGUGCGAAUAUGCUCAUGCCAUGGGUAACGGUCCGGGCGGGCUGAAAGAAUAUAUCGAGCUCUACCGUAGCGAGCCACUUCUCCAGGGUGGUUUCAUCUGGGAGUGGUGUAAUCAUGGUAUCCUCAAGCGAGAGGGCGACCUUUCGUACUAUGCGUACGGUGGUGACUUUGGCGAUCAGCCUAACGAUGCCGACUUUAUUCUUGACGGAAUGGUCUAUUCUGAUCACACACCUACCCCGGGGUUGAUCGAGUAUAAGAAGGCUAUUGAGCCGGUCACAAUUUCCUUCAAGGAUGGCAAGCUUGAGGUGGUGAAUCACUACGAUUUCAGCACUCUUGAUCAUCUAUUUGUUUCGUGGCACAUUGUCAAGGACUCGGGGAACACAGAGCCCGUGUCAUGGCAGCUACCUGAGAUCAAGCCCGGCGAGUCAAAGCUGGUUGAUCUCCCAGAAGGCGUAAAUCUCGGAUCUGAGGCUUCUUGGCUCACCAUCAACUUCUCUCUCAAGGAGGACACGGCAUGGGCAUCUCAGGGACACGAGAUUGCAUGGACUCAGAUCCCAUUGUUCGAAGAGCAGAAGCUUGCACUACCUGCCGCCCCCAGUUCUUCGCCACUUCCACUUUCUGUCCGUGAAGGGCUGGGAAAGCUGUACAUCAACUCGGACAACUUUGCAUCUCACUUCACCUACGACCUCAUCAGAGGCAAUCUGUCCUGGUCCACCGAGUCCGGCAAGGUCUUCAACAGCGGACCCAAGCUUGGCAUCUACCGUGCCCUGACACAGAACGACAUUGGCGCAGGCGGCCCCUAUGCCGAAUGGAAGCGUUUCCGCGUCGAGAGCUGCCGCAUGCUUGUCCAAUCCUCGACCUGGAACCUCAACGACGACGGAAGUGUCUCCAUCACAACCAAAGUCCGAGUCGCACCAUUCGUCCUAGAAUGGGCCAUGGAAGCCGAUCUCAGUUACACGAUCACCGAAUCUUCCGUAAAUAUCCACGUCAAGGGUGAUUUCUCCGGUACUCACCCAACUAUCAUCCCCAGACUAGGCCUCACCAUCCGCCUACCCCGUCGCUACGAAGCGGCAACCUGGUUCGGCCGCGGUCCCGGCGAGUCAUACCGCGACAAGAAAGCUGCAGCUCGAUUUGGAACACAUACAGCCUCCCUCGACGCCGGUCUCGAGACACCGUACGAGUGGCCCCAGGAGAAUGGUAACCACAUCGACACGCGAUGGGUUCGUGUCCAUGCGUCUACCGCGGAGAAGGCAUAUUCUGCGUCUGCAGGUGCAGAUGCGGCUUUGCCGGAAAUCGAGGCGAGAAUGGAUACACCGUUCAAUUUCUCGUUGAGUAGGUAUGCGACUGAGGAGUUGGAUCGUGCUAAACAUCCGCAUGAGCUUGUGGAGUUGGAUGGUGAGACGGAGUUUAGGGUUGAUUUUGCGCAUCAUGGGAUUGGCACUGGGAGUUGUGGUCCGGGGGCGUUUGAAGGGAAUAGAUUGGAGGCGGGGCCGUUUGAGUUUACUAGUAUGUUCCGGUUGCUUGAUGGGAAAGAUGAGUGA